UAUAAGACGGAAGGAAAAAUGAAAUCUCUGAGUACUAUUUGAAAUUAGAUGCAGUUUAUUUGAAGCCUUUUAAAGUUUUUUUUUAUUUAAUAUCGUUAGAUAUAGAUUUUGAUCGCAAACUCCAUCUAAGAAAAUGAGAGGAAAUCGUCCCACCGAGUUCCAGGAUGACUUCUGGAUCCCCAUCCCUCUGGACACCAACAAUAUCACAGCCUUCAGCCCAUACCUGGUUCCCCAGGACCAUUUAGGAAGCCCGAUGAUCUUUUAUUCCAUGUCAGCAUUUAUGUUCUUCUUGUGGGUGGCCGGCACAAUCAUCAAUGUCCUCACUAUCGCAUGUACUGUCCAAUACAAGAAGCUCCGGUCUCAUCUAAACUACAUCCUGGUGAACUUGGCUGUUGCGAACCUCCUGGUCUCUUCUACGGGCUCUUUCACCUGCUUCAUCUGUUUUGCUUUUAAAUACAUGUUCCCUGGUCCAAUUGCAUGCAAGAUUGAAGGAUUUACAGCAACUCUUGGUGGUAUGGUUAGCCUGUGGUCUCUUGCUGUGGUAGCAUUUGAAAGAUGGUUGGUUGUGUGCAAGCCACUUGGGAACUUUGCCUUCAGGUCCAGCCACGCUAUAGCAUGCUGUGGAUUGACUUGGGUCUGCGGUCUGAGCGCUGCACUUCCACCUCUGUUUGGAUGGAGCAGGUAUAUCCCAGAGGGCAUGCAGUGUUCCUGUGGCCCAGACUGGUACACAACAGGCAACAAGUUUAACAAUGAAUCCUACGUGAUGUUCCUCUUCUGCUUCUGCUUUGCUGUCCCUUUCUCCACCAUCGUCUUCUGCUACUCACAGCUGCUGUUCAUGCUGAAAGCGGCAGUAAAGGCCCAAGCAGAGUCUGCCUCCACCCAGAAGGCAGAGAAGGAAGUGACCAGGAUGGUGGUGAUCAUGGUGCUGGGCUUUCUGGUGUGCUAUAUGCCAUAUGCCUCCUUUGCCGUCUGGGUUGUGAAUAACCGUGGGCAGCCAUUCGACCUGAGACUGGCCACCAUUCCUUCCUGUUUCUCAAAGGCCUCCACAGUCUACAACCCAAUGAUUUACAUCCUCCUCAAUAAGCAGUUCCGCUCGUGUCUAAGGCAGAUGCUGGGAAUGAGCGGAGGUGACGAUGAAGAGUCAUCAAGUCAAUCUACCACUGAAGUCUCUAAAGUUGCACCUUCAUAGGUUACUCGUGCCCCAUUUGGACAGCUCGCAUACUGAACAUAGCACAGAAAUGCUAAUAAUGUGACAAACGUAUUUUUGCUAUUGUUACAGAUACAUAGUUUUAUGCAGUAAAAAUGUUUAAAAAAAAAUGCAAUAAAUUUCAUUGAUGAAGCAACUA